GAAUUCCCAUUACUCCUGAUAGUAUGAAAUGAAAAUGGGCCGACAUUUUAAUAAAUGUGGUGGACUAGUUUCCUUUCGAAAAGCCAAAGCAAAGCAAACCGUUGAGGAGGCGAACAGAAUUUCUGAUAUAAAAACUGAACUGAAUGUGUCUUUUCAACCUCCUGAUAAUCUGAAUGUGAUAAGUGAUGGUAUUCUUACAGUCGAAUGUAUACGAGCUUCUAAAGCGGACGAGGCGGUUAUCGAUGAAUUAAUGAGUCUACUUCAACAAAAUAUGCAAGAUAUGUACACAGCCUCUUCAUGGGGUUGGAAUGCUCAGAUGAAAAGAGAUGAAGCCUUCUCUUCGAAAUCUUGGCUGAUUAUAUGUCGUAAGAGUGUGUCGUCUGCCACACCUGAGGGGUGUUGUUGUUCAACAGUUGGUUUUGUCAGCUUUCGAUUUGAACGUGAAGGAGAACAUCCUGUUUUAUACUGUUAUGAAAUUCAGUUAUAUCCUCAAUAUCAACAUUUACAUGUUGGAACAUUUUUAAUGGAGAUUUUAUCGUCUAUUGCCCUGGCGGCUAAUAUGCAUCGUGUUGUAUUGACUGUAUUUAAAUCGAAUGUGAAUGCUGUUAAAUUUUUUAGAAAACUUGGAUUUCAAACUGAUAAAACAGAUCCUUCGAUAUUUGAAGGUUUUAGCACUGUUGACUAUCUGAUUUUAUCGAAACUGACUGGUAAUCAGUAGGGAGAGGUUGAGAGGGAGAGAGAGAGUUGUAAUGUCUGGUUGAUUGAGUUAAUAUUCUAAAUGAUACUGUUUCUGUGUGCGUAAAACUAUAUGAACUAAAAGAUGCAUUUAUCUAUGUAUAUAUAUUUUUAAGAAAAGAUUGUAUACAAGUAUAAAUUAUUGUUUCAA